GCAGAUUUGAGCUGACUAUGCAGACUAUGUUAUGUUUAUUGUUCAAACCAGUCAAACCAACACAUCGCGUCAGGCAUUAUCAUCGCGUCAGACUCUGCAUGCCAAAAUUUACUUCUUCGAUAUCUUCUAGUUUCCCAGCAGUUACAAGCAUUCAAUGAAUUAGCACAUUAACACCCAUAUAGGUGAGGUAAUAACAUUGCAUAUGUCUUUAAAAUGUUGACGUCUCGGCUCCGCCUCAUAACCUUUGAUGUAACAAACACACUUCUGAAAUUUCGAUCCAAUCCUGGACAACAAUAUGGGGAAAUCGGCGCAACGUACGGAAUUAUCUGUGACAACAACAAUCUGAGCGCCAAUUUCAAAGCUCACUGGCGGAAAAUGUCUAAAGAACAUCCGAAUUUUGGACUUUUGACUGGUCUCGGAUGGGAAAAAUGGUGGACAAUGGUUGUGAAAGGAACCUUCAAAGAUUCCAAUUUCAAUUUGGAGGAACAAAAGUUGGAUGCAGUUGCUUUACAUUUAAUUGAAGCUUAUAAGACAUCUGCAUGUUGGCAACAAUGUUACGGAGCAAUAGGACUUCUAUCCUAUAUAAGAAGUAAAGGAAUUCGUAUGGGCAUAGUUUCAAAUUUUGAUCCAAGGCUGAAUAUUACUUUGGAAAACAUGAAACUUCGUCAUUAUUUCCAAUCCGUCAUAACAUCAUAUGAAGUUGGAGUCGAGAAACCAGACCCAAGAAUUUUCGAGGAAGCUAUGUAUCAUUCAAAAAUAAAGAAUCUGAAACCUGACGAAUGUCUUCAUGUAGGAGACGAAAUAUUUUUUGAUUACAAUGGUGCUAAAAGUAGUGGAUGGCAUGCUGCUCUGAUAGAUAAUAAUAGAAAUAUACAUGAUAUCAAGAAAAAAUAUCCUUAUGUAGAUUCAAAUUAUAUAUUUGCAAAUUUAUACGACCUACAUAAACAUUUUAUAGAAUCUUUCGAUGACAAAAUUACCUCACAUUCGUUAUUUUAAUUUUAUCUCUAGAUAGAGGGAAUUUGGAUAAGAUGGCCCUUUCAAUAGCACUAUCACUAGGAUAUUAUUGUGAUUAUUCAUAAGAUCAUCGUGAGUAAAACAUUUUCAGUAACCUA